UCACAAAAACAUUCUAUGAACUCCUUAGAGAUAGCAAGAACUGCAGAAGCUGGAGUCAGAGUUGAUACAGUGUGGAGCUGGAGGAAGACAACAGGUUAUGUAGGAUUGGAUCAGGGCAUGGAUAUUGACAGAGCUGUCAUUACGAAAAAAGCAAACACUUUAGAUUUGAAUGACAAUCUCAAGGCCGCUACAAAGCUGAAAACCGGAAAUUCACUGCAUAGAUUUUCAGCUGUCACAUAUAGUAACUCUCCAGACCACAAAAUGUCACAGAGUCCUCUAACUACCCACAUACUGAACACAGCACAAGGCAUCCCUGCUGCACAUGUCGCAGUCAGUGUUGUCAGACUGGAAGACAAGGCAUGGAGAGAGAUUGCAACAGGGAUUACAAACUCCGAUGGCAGGUGCCCAGGUCUGCUUACAUCAGAAACCUUUGUUCCUGGGAUAUACAAGAUGAAGUUUGCAGUAGAUGAGUAUUGGCAAUCAUUAAAGAUGGCCAGUUUCUAUCCAUACAUAGAGGUUGUCUUCAACAUCUCUGAUGCAUGUCAGAAGUACCACAUUGCUCUUCUCCUGAGUCCCUUCUCGUACAGUACCUAUAGAGGAUCCUAAGCGCUAACAUGAACUACAUAUUAAGUUUCAGAUACUCCAUAUGGAAGCAUCACCAUGCCAGUAUUGAGAUUUGAAUAAAGUUCAGAAAAUGA